GUAAAACUUAUUACCAGGUAAAAAAAAUAUUUUCGAUUAGUUUAGCGAUACACAGACAAAGAGACAGAAAGAUAGAGUUGCUUUCACACUUAUAAUAUUAAUAUGGAUGGACAGCUUAUGGUCAUUUUCAUAAACCUAUUGCUGAGACAAGUAGCAGCAUUUUUGGGAUAAUUUUACCUUGCAUUGUGUCUGUAUUAACAUAACUUCUGUAGUGUCCAGGUAAAUGGAUAAUUGACUGUGCUACUAACCACUUACUACCCUGUUCCUACUCCAUCCUACAUAUUUACCAAUAACCUUGUUUUAAUUGACUGAGGGAUGCAUUAUGUUGUGUUCAUUUAUUAUUUUUGCAUGUUGUGUGUAUUUUUUAUUUUAUUUGCAUGUAAAGACGAUAUAGAUAAAGCCAAAAGAAAACUGAAACUGGUCGAGGAGACAUCAGACUUACAGACUGAAGCAGAAGAAGAACCAAAUUUUAAGCGGAAAAGAAAUAACAGAUAUAUUUCCACAAGCGAUGAAGAUGACGGUCACAUAACGCCACCACCAAUUAAGAAAAAAAUCUUGAACAAAACAGCUGCUGCUGCUUACUAUAGAGAUACCCGUCAGGCUCAGCCAAACAUUACCCGAGAUUCCCGGGAAGCCCCUUCAACACCAGAAAAAACCCUCUCAUUGCUGAAUGUAGUUGACGGGCUUCCUGUCUUGACAAACAGUGUCCUGCAAGGUAGCCUACUUCAAGAGCCUUGGUGGACAGGGCGUUAAUAAUAAAGUAUCUAGAGUUAUGAAAGUUGCAUUGUCUGACUCUAUGGCAAGCAAGUACAACUUUUACGGUAAAAGAUCAGACAAGAAGCCAUUUGCAGAACUACGUCUCCGGGCGUGUGCAAAACCAUUCGAUGUAGAAGGAACCCACCAUCAAUUACAAUGUCACUACCAGCAAGCUUGUUGUGGAUCAGACUCUGGUGAAAACAAAUUCGGAUUUUAGAAGAAAUUCAAAGUGGCGGCCGUGUUUACAAUCUUUGACUACGAAUUCAUAUAAGGGUAUCUUUCGGAUCCUCAGAUGUAAUUUGUUAUCGUGACUAGAUCAAAUUUUCCGUCGGACGUACGGUUUUUGAACUACAAGAAAAAAACUUAAAAAUAGCAAAAAAAGUUCCACAACUUCUGGAAUGGAGCAAACUCGGAUUACACAAAUUUAGGAUCAAAUAAAGGUAUUAAGACGAUUUGACUGGCCUCUUAAAAUACUUAAAAAGUACCUUGUUAAUAUGUAGUUUAUAUGUUAUUAUUAAACUACUAGUUCCUUGAUGUA